AAUAAAUCCCACGUCCCACAAUUUUCAUUUCAUCCAUGAAUUCAUAAUUACUCCCUCAUACUUCACACAGAGGACAGACCUACCCUAGGCAUGGUCCUGAGCUAAAAAAUACUUUUUUUAAAAAGAAAAAAAAAAGUAAAAGGGCGGCAAUUUUCUCCUUACAUGAAAAGUCCAAACACCUGACCAACAAAUCCCCUUUUCCAUCGGAAAGCUUGACAAUCAAGCUUUCCGACCUCCCAUGGAAUGCCAAAUUUUUAGGAAGAAGAUGCACGAGAACUCCCAUCUUUCACCAACCAUAUAGGAUAUAUCAGCCCCCUUCUCCCCAACAUGUCUUACGUCAACUCAACCUAUUUUCCCCUGCCAUUCUCCCGUGCGGCAACAUUGGCGAUUCUCCCCUGCCAUUCCUCUUCCCCCUUUCUCUAAUGACCCUGCAACCACUAAUCUCUCCCCCCGCCCCACCAGACGCCCGAACCCACCUCUCCAACCUCGACCGACUUCUACACCCCCACCCCGAACUUCAACCAUCACAACCAAACCCACGCCUCCGCCUCCUCCCCUCCCUCCGCCUCCCUCCUCUCCAAAUCUCCCAACCCAACGCCGACGAAAAUGGUUCCACUCGCAGUCUCUCCCAUCUCCGACACCUCCUCUCCGACUCCUCCACAAACCCCUCUCCCCGCACCAACAUCGCCCCGCGAUGGCGCGAUCUCCACGGUUCCUCCGACUGGUCCUGCCUCGUCGACCCCCUUGACACCGACCUCCGCCGCGAACUCCUCCGCUACGGAGAUUUCAUCCAUUCCGCCUACCACGCCUUCUUCCACUCCACCACCCCCCACCUCCCCGACCGUUCAUACCGCAUAACUCGCCACCUCUUCGCCACCUCCUCCAUAAAGCUCCCAUCUUGGGUCUCCCCCAGCACUACCUCCAUUGGCUUCAUCGCUGUCUGCCACAACGACCGCGAGAUCCGCCGCAUGGGCCGUCGCGACAUUGUCAUCGCUCUCCGCGGCACCUCAACCAUCCUCGAAUGGGCCGAGAACCUCCGCUUCAAUCUCGUCCCACUCGAUGCCGGUCAGGCAAAAGUAGAAUGCGGUUUCCGUAGCCUGUACACAACCCCGGGCGAGAACAUGCCCAGCUUAUCCUCCGUAAUAAUCGAGGAAAUCAGCAGACUAGUGGAGCUGUACAAAAAUGAGGAGCUUAGCAUAACAGUAACAGGGCACAGCUUGGGAGCCGCACUGGCAAUACUAGCAGCCGACGAGCUCGGGUCUUGUGCGCAGAAGACAUCAAUGCCUCCGACUGCUGUUUUCUCUUUCGGCGGGCCGAGGGUCGGAAACCGAGCUUUUGCAGAACGAGUGGAGAAAAAGGGGAUUAAAGUUCUACGCGUUGUGAACGCGCAUGAUCUGGUGACGAAAGUGCCGACUUCAAUUGGGGAUGGAUGGCGAUGGUGGGAUGGGUACGAGCAUGUAGGGAAGGAGCUGAGGGUGGACAGCAAGGUUUCGCCUUUUCUUAAACCGGAUGCUAACGCGGCUUGCUGCCAUGAUCUUGAGGCGUAUCUUCAUCUCGUGGACGGACUGGGUGGUGGCGUCGGAUGCCAUUUUCGGCCGAAUGCGAAGCGGAGUCUGGUGCGACUGAUGAGUCAGCAGAGGGGAAAUGUUAAGAGGGUUUACGUCAGCGAGGCUCGGGCUCUGGGGCUCGACCGGGAAACAGUUGUUUCAAUACCUUUCAGAGCAAGUUCAUUAAGGCUAUUCAUUCAGACUGAGACCGAUGUUGAGCUUUUUAACUAA